GGUGGUGGCGCUCGUUUCUUUCUCUUCUCUUCUGGUGUCGUGUGAUCGGUGGUGGGUGUUCCCGUGACUCUGGUAAUGGCUCUCAAGGCGGGGACGGUGGCGGCAGUGGGAGGAGGAGGGAAGGGAGGGGUGUUUGACGGGGAGGCCUGCGCCUGCUUGGUGAGGGAGCUGAGGCAGAGCUUCGAGAGCGGCAGAACGAGGAGCUACGAGUGGAGGAAGCAGCAGCUGAGGAUGGUCCUCAAGUUCCUGGUGGAAAAGGAGGCUCUCAUCGUUCAGGCCCUCCACCGGGACCUCCGGAAGCCCGGUUUCGAGGCCUGUGUCUCUGAGAUAUCUAUGUUGAAAUCCUCCUGCAAAUUGAUUCUCAAGAAAUUGAAGAGAUGGAUGGAACCACAAAAGGCAUGCGUGUCCAUAACAUCUAUACCAGGAUCAGCAGAAAUCAUCUCAGAACCACUAGGAGUUGUUUUGGUCAUUUCAGCAUGGAAUUAUCCCUUUUUGUUAGCGAUGGACCCCGUCCUUGGAGCCAUUGCAGCUGGGAAUGCUGUAGUUUUAAAACCAUCUGAGGUUUCACCUUCCACUUCUUCCUUGCUUGCAUCACUAGUAUCAGACUAUUUGGACAACUCUGCUAUAAAAGUUGUUGAAGGGGCUGUGGAUGAAACAACUAUGUUGCUGGAGCAGAAGUGGGACAAAAUUUUCUAUACAGGCUGUACUAGAGUUGGACGUGUAGUGAUGACUGCUGCUGCAAAGCAUCUUACACCUGUUGUCUUGGAGCUUGGAGGGAAAUGCCCAUUAGUCAUUGAUUCAAAAACCGAUCUCAAAGUUACCUCGAAAAGGGUUGCUGUGGGCAAGUGGGGAAGCAAUAAUGGGCAGGCUUGUGUAGCCCCAGACUAUAUAAUAACAACGAAGUCAUUUGCUCCAAAGCUGAUAGAGUCAUUAAAACAAACAUUGACAUCAUUCUUUGGGGAUAAGCCACUUCUGUCACCGGAUUUAUCUCGCAUAGUCAAUACCAAUCAUUUUAGUCGGUUAACAAAGUUAUUAGAUGAUCAAAGAGCUUUUGGUAAGAUUGUGCAUGGUGGCGAAAGAGACGAAAAGCUCUUAAUGAUUGCACCAACGAUCUUGCUGGAUGUUCCAGCAGAUGCCUUAAUGAUGAAUGAGGAGAUAUUUGGCCCUUUACUUCCAAUUAUCACGGUAGACAAGAUUGAAGACAGCAUUGAUAUAAUAAAAUCUCAUCCGAAACCACUUGCUGCUUACCUCUUCUCUAACGACAAAAAACUUGAGAAGAUGUUCGUGAAGCAGAUCUCGGCAGGAGGGAUGAUUGUUAACGACACCGUCUUGCAUCUUACAAAUCCUUCAUUACCUUUUGGUGGAGUUGGAGACAGUGGCAUUGGGGCUUAUCACGGUAAGCACUCGUUUGAUGCCUUUAGCCACAAGAAGCCCGUGUUGCAUCGAUGCUUCAUUGGAGAAGUGUGGGCUAGGUAUCCUCCUUACAAUGCCAUGAAGUUGAAGUUUUCGAGUUCUGCUGUGGCUGGUGAUAUCUUCGGGGCGCUUCUAUCCCUUGUUAGGUGUCGCUAAAGCGAUUUCAGUAUCUUUCCUGUUCAUGGCCUGCAAAAUGAAGCCUGUCAUCUUGGUGCUCAUUCUAGUUCAGUAUUCAUAUUACAGGGGCACAAAUUGAAGGAAAUUGUUGGUUCCUUUCAGUUUUUUGCUUCUCAAUUUAUGCUGAAGCUUCUUUACUUGAUCUCCAUGUCUAUGUUGCGUGUGAUAUGAAUGCCACCUACCUUUACAGAUAAGAACGAUGUAUACCGAGUAGUAAGAUGAUUGUAAAGAAUAUGACCUCAGAUUUGGUCCCAGAUUCAAUGUUGUUGUUUAACUA